GUGGUAACUACUGAUGACGACCUUUAAGUAGUUGUUUGCUUAGCCAGCUAGCUACUUCAGUUAGCUACAUUUGUGUUGGAAAGUGGGAUGUUUUACUGAUGUUGGUUGACAUGAGAUGACACGUCUUUGGUUUGUCUAUAGACUGUCAACUGCUAUGGUGUUUUUUAGCUACAAGAACAGAGACAUAAGUUGACUGAAGGUGUGUAUUGUUAGCCUCCUGCCUGGAUGUUAGAGCUGUGAUGGUGGUGUGUCCCCUGCCUUCAUUGUGAAUCCUGUCCACCACCUGUCUCCUUGCCCAGUGUGUGCCACCAUUUCACCAUGACCCUGCAUCUUCUCCUGGUCCUGGGGCUCUUUUUGCUGCCUUGUCUGUCAUCCCAUGUUAUCAGCGAGUCCUGUGUUAUAGCCAGCCUGAAAAUGACAAAUCAAACCCAAUGCUUGGAAGUAUGCUUACUGUAUAUGACCUGUGAUCAUUCUGUCUUUUGGAAAGAGAACUACACAUGCUUUUUCUUGAAGUGUCCCAAUGGCACUAACUGCAAUGAUAUCUCCGUCGAUGACCUGAUAAGGAUACAAGAUAAAAACAUCAGUGAUCUUAAGUGUGACGCUGGACCUACCACUGAGUCUUCAAGUUCCAGUUCCAUAACUUCAUCAGAAAUCUAUCAAAACCCCACUGCUCCUGAAUUGACAGCCAGCAAUAAUGCCAAUCAAAUUACAGACACCUCUGCCCUCAAUGAGACUGACUCUACCUUGCAUUUUCGUGAGGAUAAUGGGCAGGGCCCCAUCUCCACUGCAUUUACUACCAUUACUGCAACACCCAUGCCAGCCGCUGAGAAUGACACCUUCAUUCCAAGUAAGACUGUUAGCAAUGCCUCCAGAGGAACUACAGUACCUGACAUACCCCAUAAGUCAACAGUCCAAACCUCUGAGACACCCACUUCAGUAAAGCAGGAACCCAGAACUACAACGACUCCCUCAGCCCUGACCCCUCCACCAGCCAAUCCACAGAUGACGACAACAGCAUUAUCAACAACAAAUACCACUACUAUCACCACUGUAGUACCAGUAGCAAUGCUGUUAACUACCACCACCACAACACACCCAACAACAAAACCACCACCAACAACUACCACUACAACAGCAAUACCACCAACUACCACCACAACAAUACCACUAACAACUAUUCCAAACAUAACCACCCCUACCACCAUAGACUCAUCUACAGUUGUGGAGAGGAAUCCAUCACCAACCAUUCUGGCGGUCCCCAGCUCUCAAGCUACCUCCAGAAAUGCCAUAGUCCCUUCGACCUUCACUGUUGAGGUCAGCACAAAAAGGCUUGAUGGAGGUACCAACAGAGCCAUUAUAGACGUUGUUGCCGGGGGGCCUCUGACACGCCAGUUGGUGGACACAAGUAUCCUAUUGGCUGUUCUGUUGUUUGGCCUCGUCUUCUUCCUGGUUAUGGUUGUCCUCUUCCUCACACAGGCCUAUGAGAGCUACAGGACGAAAGACUACACCCAGGUGGACUAUCUCAUCAAUGGAAUGUAUGCUGAUUCAGGGGUUUGAAAGUGACAGUUGAGUGUUUGUUUUUCUAAUUUCUUUAUUGGAACAGGAUUAAUAACUUGUGAGUUAACAGAUUGCCAAUUUUGCACCAGCCUUUGCUGUAGUAUUGUAUAAUUUUUCUGUCUUAAUGGUACUCAUGCCAAUUUCAUAGAUUUUCUUUCUUCAGCUACUGUAUGUAUAAAUUGCUCCAGGCCUGUUGUGGUUUUAUUCAGGCUUUAACCUCUUACGAAGGGCCAACAAAUGCACCUCUUGGUCAUCAGGCCAAGGGCCAAAGUAUCGCAACAGUGGUUUGUUUGUCCUAUAUUUCUAUGUCUUACAUUUCUACACAUGCUUCCAGCCCCAACCCAUAGGACGAAAGACGUAUAUGGUUAAGUACGUUUUUUUUCCUAAGGUAUGUCAUUUGGAUUGUUGUGGGAAAGAGGGUGAAAAGGUUUAUGUCCGGUGUUUAUUAUUUUGUUUGUAUCCAUUGCGUUGUGUAUGUAUGUCAUUUUUCAUGCCUUUUUUUCUUUGUUCAUGACUAGCAUAUUUCCUUUGUUUACCAUUCCUCUCCUUGGAUUAAGAUUGAAUGCCAAAUUGAUCACUGAAGCACAUUAACGUUGAAGCCAAGGGAAUUGUCUAGUCAUUUAUGAAGGAGGAGGAACAGUUUGUAUGAUGACCAAAAGAGACUUUCCAAGGCAGAGGAACUUCUGUCAAGGGUGGAAAUGGGUAUGAAGGCCUGUUAUGUGCCAAUUUUAAGUCUUACUAAUGCACUGUUAAAUUACGGUAUUUGCAGUAAAGGGGGAAAAAAGUAAGAAUAAAAUACAUUUUCCUUUCAUAUUUCACAAAAGAAAGAUUGAUAAAAUGGCAUAUAGGGGUAAAUCAGCACUUUAGCAAUAUGCAUUAGUAGGCUGCUAGUCUUUCAACUGUUGUAAGACUUAAGAUUUCUGCAGGCCUGUGAACAGUAUAUGCUGUGUUUCCCAGGUAGGGAGAAAUAUUGAUGUUUACUACAAGGGCAUAUCAAUCAGUCUGGGUGUACUCAAGGUGGUGCACAUAAAUAUCCCACAUCUGUAGCCCAGUAAUUACUUCCUGGGAAUGUGAUGCACGUUGAGAAGGUUUGAAGGUGUGGACUAGGAAUUAAUUGACAGAAGAAAAUAAUGAGAGCAGGGAGGUGGUCCGACACCUUAACGAUGCACUCACCAGUGAUGCAUUUAUUUUUUGGGGGAAAACAAACUAAAAAGGAAAACAACAUGGAUUCCAAUUGUAACAUUUAGGAGAAAACAACUUUUGGUACCUCGAGGCAGUUUUUAAAUGGUGUUUCUCUGCUGCGUUUCUGCUUAGCUCUCUUCAUUCCAGUGCUUUCUAAAAUGUCCUUGUUCAGACAUCUAUUAGACAGACAUCCUUCAGACAUCCUUGGUCUUUAUCCCUGUUCCACACACAGUUCUCUUGGGAACUUCCUGGUCCACACAUGCUCUAGUUUCCCAUUUCCUGGAAUAGUUAGCAAUAAAAUAACCUUUUUGACCCUU